AUGGAGAAGCGCGACUAUGCAGCCGCUGUUGCGGCGCUGAACACGCUACAAUCCAACUUUGCGAUAGUUGACGCCAUUCGCAAGUCUGGAAGAGGCAUGAAUAAGGAUGCUAUACCAGAGAUGAUUGAGUGGUGCCGUAAGAUCGGAUACAAGCCUUCAGAUUUCAACAAGCUGAGACCUAUACACAUUGCUGGAACUAAAGGCAAAGGCUCUACGAGCGCGUUCAUCUCCUCGAUUCUGUCGCAGUAUACCUCCAAGAGUGAUGCACAAUCCCAACCGUCCAAAAUCGGCCUAUACACCUCUCCGCAUCUACGUUUUGUUCGCGAACGCAUACAGAUCGACAACAAACCGAUGUCGGAGGAAAAGUUUGCAACAUACUUUUUUGAGGUCUGGGAUAGAUUGGAAGCAGCAGCAAAGGCAGAAUAUGCCCCCGAUGAUGUGCCCACGAAGCCUGUAUACUUCAGAUAUUUGACACUUAUGGCACUGCACGCUUACAUCCACGAGGGUGUUGACUCCGCGGUCAUAGAGUGUGGGAUUGGUGGCGAGCACGACAGCACCAAUAUUCUGACAAAACCAACAGUCACGGCGGUGACCAGCUUAGGUAUAGAUCACACCGCCAUGCUCGGAUCCACACUGCCUGAGAUAGCGUGGCACAAAGCAGGAAUUUUCAAACAAGGAAGUGUUGCAUUUACAGCACCGCAAAAAGAUGAAGCUAUCACGGUCUUGCAGCAGAGAGCUGCGGAGAGGAGCACCGAUCUUCACAUAAUCGACAUCCAUCCGUCCUUGGCCAAUGGUAGCGUCAAACUUGGCCUAUCUGCAGAUUUCCAAAAGAUCAAUGCUUCUGUAGCAAUCGCUGCAGCUGCAGCACAUUUACGUGCCUUAGGUCACACCGCAAUUCCGGAUCCUACAACGACAGCGCAUAUUGAACUUCCUGCACAAUUUAUAGCGGGGCUAGAGCAGAUUCGUUGGUCAGGGCGUUGCGAAGUCCGUCGUGAGAACAACGUAGCAUGGCACAUCGAUGGCGCCCAUACACUGGAAAGUAUUGAGGUCACAGGACGCUGGUUUGCUGAGCAGAUUGCAUCUGUGACUAAAUCAGCAGCGUCAUCAUCGAAGGUGCCUCGGGUGCUGAUAUUCAACCAGCAAACUCGAGACGCGAGCGCGCUUGCUGAAGCACUCUACACAGCCCUACAGAGUGGUAUUACAUCGGGUUCAACAUCCCCUUUCACACAUGUCAUCUUCACAACGAACCAGACCUUUAGCGAUGGUUACAGGCCCGAUCUGGUCUCUAUUAAUACUGACAACCAGGAGGUGGACGCCCUUGCCGUACAAAAAGCGUUAGCCAACACCUGGUCGAAGAUCGACAGCACUGCAGAAGUGCGUGUAUUGAAGACUAUCGAGGAAGGUGUCAGCGCCGCGCGAGUAAUCGCACGUGAAUGGGCAAAUGGCACCGAUGCAGAAGUCAUGGUUCUGGUCACAGGCAGCCUCCAUCUGGUUGGAGGUGCCCUUGAAGUCCUGGAAUCUGGGAGGACAAAUUGA